UAAAUGUAGUCGGUACAGCUCGGUAAGCUAGCUAGCUACUCGACCAGCAGCAUCCUAGUUAUCCUAUCCAGUCGGUACAGCUCGGUAAGAUAGCUAGCUACUCUACCAGCAGCAUCCUAGUUAUCCUAGCUACUCGGUACAGCUCGGUAAGCUAGCUAGCUACUCUACCAGCAGCAUCCUAGUUAUCCUAGCUAGUCGGUACAGCUCGGUAAGUUAGCUAGCUACUCUACCAGCAGCAUCCUAGUUACCAUAGCUACCACUACAUCAUCACCGGCUGUCUGCAUUUCUUGUGGACCGAUGGAGCUCCCCGGUUGUUUCUUCCACCUGUUAAAUCCCGGUGAGGCUUCUCCCUCUCUCGUUGACGGAUGCUGGCUACCUCUGUCCGGUUCUCCUCUCUUCACUAGAUGGACGGUAACUUUAGUGUUUAACCCCUCUGUGUCCAAGGACCGAACUUUUGAAUAUUAUUUUCAGGGCGCCUCAAUAGCAUGUAUUAAACACCGGGUAAAUAAUCACUAGUCAGAACCUCAACCUCAGUAUACAUUCAUUAUAAAAAAUAUAUAUAUAUUUUUUAAUAUAUAUAUUUUUUUCAACCUCAGUAUACAUUCAUUAUAAAAAUCAUCUUAAUAUCUGAUAUUGUGAGUAAACUCCCUCGAGAGUGCGUCUUCCAGCCCUCCAAUAAAUUACAUAAUUCAACCCUCCCGGUUAGUAAAUUUACCUCAACAUCCCCCGGAGAAGGCAGAGUAACGACACCAGCCUUUUAGCGGGGCUGACAGACUGACUACAACGCUCGCAUAAAUAAAUUAAUUUCGUUUUUAAAAAUGACACACUGCUCGCGCGCGCCAACGUCUAGAAGUCAGUUCUAUUUGUGAAACUCUUCUUAUGUUUCACUAUUGUUUCCCCAUCUGAGCUCAGAGUAGAUGACAGAUGUAAUGUUUGUCUCUGUUGUGUUGAAGCCCAAUCAAGCAGGAGAGACCAGCCUCCCCUGUUCCCAGCUGUGUGUCCAUGAAGAGUGACUGGUCUAUGGAUCGUCCUAUAGUGUUUAGAGAGGGAGACUUUUCUACUGAACAAAGACCAAUCAAGCAGGAGAGACCAGCCUCCCCUGUUCCCAGCUGUGUGUCCAUGAAGAGUGACUGGUCUAUGGAUCGUCCUAUAGUGUUUAGAGAGGGAGACUUUUCUACUGAACAAAGAAACCAACAGGAGAGAUCAGAGUCAGAGAUUCUCAGUGGUCAGUCUUCCCAGAGUCAUCAAACAGACCUGGCCUCCAUAUUCAGUAUGCUUGAAGAUAAAAUUAUGACAUUUGUGAAGAACGAGCUGAAGAUGUUCAAGAGGAUUCUUAGUCCAGAACUCCCAGAAGGCUUUGAGAGUCAGAAACAGGAUAAGGAAGUGGUGGAUGCUGAAGAUGAGAAGCAGGAGAGCAGUGCCAGAGAGGGGGCUCUGAAGAUCACACUGCACAUCCUGAGGAAAAUGAACCAGAAGGAGCUUGCUGACACACUGGAGAAAUAUUCAGAUGAGCUUGCUGUGAUUUGCCAACGUGAACUCAAAUCUAAUCUAAAGAAGAAGUUUCAAUGUGUAUUUGAGGGGAUCGCUAAACAAGGAAACCCAACACUUCUCAAUAAGAUCUACACAGAGCUCUACAUCACAGAGGGUGGAACAGGAGAGGUCAAUAAUGAACAUGAGCUGAGACAGAUUGAGACAACAACCAGGAAACAAGCAAGACCAGAGACUGCAAUCAAAUGUAACGACAUCUUCAAACCCUUAACUGGACAAGACAAACCUAUCAGAACUGUGCUGACAAAGGGAGUCGCUGGCAUUGGAAAAACAGUCUCUGUGCAGAAGUUCAUUCUGGACUGGGCUGAAGGAAAAGCAAACCAGGAUGUCCAAUUUGUAUUUUCAUUACCUUUUCGGGAGCUGAAUUUGAUGAAAGGGGACAAACACACUUUCAUUGAACUUCUCAAUCACUUCUCAAUGGAAACCAAACAAUCAGGAAUCUCCAUCUACAACAAGUACAAAGUUGUGUUCAUCUUUGAUGGUCUGGAUGAGUGCCGACUGCCCCUAGACUUCCAGAAGAACAAGAUCUGUUGGGACGUCACAGAGUCAACCUCAGUGGAUGUUCUGCUGACAAAUCUCAUCAAGGGAAAUCUGCUUCCCUCUGCUCUCCUCUGGAUAACUACCCGACCUGCAGCAGCCAAUAAGAUCCCUUCAGAGUGUGUUGACCAGGUGACAGAGGUACGAGGGUUCAAUGACCCGCAGAAGGAGGAGUACUUCAGGAAGAGAUUCAGUGAUGAGGACCUGGCCAGCAGAAUCAUCUCACACAUAAAGACAUCCAGGAGCCUCCACAUCAUGUGCCACAUUCCAGUCUUCUGUUGGAUUUCUGCAAUAGUCCUUGAACACAUGCUGAAACAUAAGAGAGAAGAGAUGCCCAAGACUCUGACUGAGAUGUACACACACCUUGUGGUGUUUCAUACCAAACAGAAGAAUGAAAAGUAUCUUGGGAAAGAAGAGACAGGUCCACACUGGAAUAAAGAGAGCAUUCUGUCACUGGGAAAACUGGCUUUUCAACAGCUUGUGAAUGGCAAUCUGAUUUUCUAUGAAGAAGACCUGAGGAGGCUGGCAUUGAUGUCAAUGAAGCCUCAGUGUACUCAGGAUUGUGCACACAGCUCUUUAAAGAGGAAUGUGGGCUGUACCAGGACAAGGUGUACUGCUUUGUUCAUCUGAGCAUUCAGGAGUUUCUGGCUGCUGUAUAUGUGUUCCUCUCAUUCAUCAACAACAAUGAGAAUCUAAUGGAUGAACUGCAAA